AGUGUUGAAAUAUUAAGUCUGGUUGCAUUUACGAGAGAGACCAGCGUUUCAUUUAGCUCGCUAGAGCUAGCUGAAGGGUGUUCUCACUAAGGACAAUAUGGUACUGCUCUCACCUGCCGUUAGUGAUCCUUCAAUGAGUAAGGUCCUAACUUUAAUAUGGAUUUUUCGUUUUGGUGUACUGGUGUAUGGAGAUGAUUGCCGAGUGAUUCAGUUCAAAGCAGGAACGAAAAACAAGAUCUUAACAAAACACGUCAUAAGAAGUGAACAAGCAAAGAACAAGGAUAUCUGCGAGUUGAAAUGCUACUUUGAACCAAACUGUGUGUCUUAUAACUAUGGUCCGCUGGGAGAUGGAACAUUCACAUGCGAGCUAAGUAACAGAACUCAUUUGCAAGUCUCUCACAGUUACUUCGAAUAUAGGAACGGCUCUUUAUACAGAGCAAUCAUUAAUUCCUGUGAGAGCAAUCCGUGCGUUAGUAACUCUACAUGUCAGGCGGGGUUUGGUAGUCAUGGUUACCGCUGUAUUUGUUCUGACGGAUAUGAAGGAGAGCUUUGCCAAAGAGAUACUGAUGAGUGUACAUCGAGCAAACACGAUUGUUCCUCUGACGGCGACUGUGUUAAUGUCGUGGGUUCAUAUCAGUGCUCUUGCAAGCCUGGAUUUACUGGCGAUGGUAAAAUUUGCCAAGAUAUCGAUGAGUGUAACGAUGGAAGCCAUGAUUGUCACUUUGCGGCCGAUUGUACAAACACCGCUGGAUCAUUCGACUGCAGCUGUCAGUCUGGACACCUUGGAGAUGGACGGCACUUUUGCUCAGAUAACUGGAAAAAGGUCAACAUCGAUCCUGUCUGCUUUGGGACAAAAGAUGACGACCACGGAACUUUUCAUAUCCAAGAAGCCGGUCAAAUCUACACAUUUAAACUUGUCCAUACAAGUGGCUCCGUGACAUGCGACACUUCAACAACUUCAACAAAGUGGGGAUGCUCAUUUCCAAUUUACGGAAAUCACAACUUAAUGACGGUGAUAACUUACAGCAACAAAACAGUUCUCCCGCUUGCUGAGUUCUUGAAAGGCAACGACAGAACAUACUAUACUUACCAACUUGACGGUGCCGAUUUCAACUCCACAACACUAGCGUUUAAGCUCCUCCCCACCCCACUGGUUGUAUUGGUUGGUCAGCAGUUCCAAUUAUGGUAUGCGCAUGACUUGGUUAAUUAUACUGAGUAUAAUAACGAUGGUAAGACAUGCGCAGACGUUUAUGCUCUGUACCAUUGA